CAGCGACAAGAGAUCUGACGUGACGUUGUUUUGUUUCGUGAUCUUUUCAAGAUCAAGAUUCGUAGAACUGAAGAAUCAUUGUCUGUUCAAAAUAUAAAUUUUUGCUCUUUGUUACAAUUUGUGAUGUGAAUAUUUGAAUGAGAAGCAUUGGCUACAGACAUGGGGUUGAAAACGUUCGACAUAGCCGCAAUAAUAUUAAACUUGAUACAUUGCGCUUACACUGACAAUAUCCUGUCCUGCAACGUGACCGCUCUCCAUCCGUGCCCUGGGGAGCAUAAGAUAUGUAAUGAGAGCACGGGACGAUGCGAAUGUUUACCUGAGUUUACUUUAGUCGACGACGAGUGUGAACCUUCCAAUUCUUACUUGCCACCGCGCCACACCACCACGGCUGCUGUCGUCACUAUAUUUACACUAGCCCUAGUCGUAUGUGGCCUCGUUCUAGUUAUAAGAAAGUAUAAUUUAAUUGAAUAUGCACGUCAGAAGAUCAACAUGAGAAGAAACAAUGACGUUAUGUACGAGGACGUAAUGAUAGGCCAGGAUGACCCGCCCCUCACUCCUUGAAGUUGCCUUGGUAGCUAAGAGCCCAUUUUAAAGUUGUUAGAAUUGUUUUUGCCCUUUAUUCGUAGGUAAUGUAAAUUGCAUGCCCAUCUUGCCUUAACAUGUUUAGUGGUAUUGAUUUCAUGUUAAUCUGAAUAUAAAAUUGUAAUUUUGA